GUUCGUUCUUACCCGGGCAGGUCUCAGGGGAGCUGGUGCCGGCGCCCCAUCACAGCCCAGGCCGCCUCGGUGUGGCCCCCGGCUCAGGCGAAGCCAUUCUGAGCCGAGCCAUAGCCGGAGCCGCCCCGUCUUCUUCAUCUCGCCGUCUCAGCUACUCUCGAGUCUUGCCAUCGUUUCGUUCGUUCCACACCAGCUCACGCAGAUCUCCCCUCUGCCUCGUCUUGACUGACGUCUUGGGCGCCCUUCGCCUCGACGAGAUACGCACCAUGUCGGGCCCUCCUUCGCGCAUCCGCUCCAUCCUCAACCAUCUCCUGCCUUCUUCCCCGGAUCCUCCUCACAUCCACCAUUUGUCACCCACCUUCUUCCUCGAGCGCGCCGCCGCCGUUGAGCCCAAUGCCGAUGCCAUCCUCCACAUUACCGCCGCCGGCGCCACCAUACGCCGCUCAUAUCGUGAUUUUGCCGCUCGAGCCAUUGGCCUGGCGUAUUUCUUGAAGAAACAUGGCCUGAAGCGUGUCGGCAUCCUCGCGCCAAACACCCCCGCCUUCUUGGAAUCCAUCUACGGCGUAGUGGCUGGCGGCGGCGUCAUAGUGCCUGCGAACUACCGGCUCAAGGAGGACGAUAUAUGCUACAUCUUUGAGUUUGCAGAGGUGGACUGCAUCAUUGUCGACCAGGAGUUUGAGGGCUUGCUGGCGACUUACACCAAGAAGCACCCCAACACGCGCCUCAUCGUCGACCUAGACACGGACAAGACUACGGGUCCCAGAUCCGGCCCAUUCAACCAGGCGCUCCUGGAGGGCCAGGCAUAUGACAAAGAGAACGGCAGCUACGGAUGGGCCAAUCUUCAGUCCAAGGCCACAAACGAGGAUGACAUGCUUGCCAUCCCCUUUACGUCAGGGACCACCUCGCGCCCCAAAGGCGUCGUCUACACCCACCGCGGCGCAUACCUCGCAGCAGUUGGGAACAUUAUCGAGUCUGGUCUAAACGUUGGCCACUGCAAGUAUCUGUGGACGCUACCCAUGUUUCACGCUAUAGGGUGGACGUUCCCGUGGUCGGUCGUUGCCGUACGAGGCCUCAACGUGUGCCUUCGGAAGAUUGAUUAUCCCCUCAUCUGGAGGUUGUUGAAGGAGGAGGGCAUCACGCACUUCAACGCGGCGCCAACUGUCAACACACUCCUUGUCGCAGCCAAGGAAGCCGAGAAGCUGCCGCGGCCAGUGCAGGUAACAGUUGCUGCGAGCCCCCCGAGUGGUCACCUGUUUGAGCAGAUGACAAACCUCAAUCUGAUGCCCGUGCAUGUCUACGGCAUGACAGAAACGUAUGGCCCCAUCACAAAGUGCUACCACCUCCCCGAGUGGGACAAGCUGAAGCCCCAAGACAAGUACGCCAAGAUGGCGCGUCAAGGCCACGGCUUCAUCACCAGCCUGCCCAUCCGCAUCAUCAAGCCAGAUCAACCCGAAGGCGUCCUUAUCGACGUGGCCAAGGACGGCAACGAAAUUGGCGAAAUCGUCUUCUUUGGCAAUAUCUGCGCAAAGGGCUACUACAAGGAUGAGGAGGCGACGCGCAAGCUGUUUGCAGGCGGUGGUCUGCACUCUGGUGACCUGGCUGUGUGGCACCCGGACGGCAGCGCUCAGAUCCUUGACCGGUCCAAGGACAUCAUCAUCUCUGGCGGCGAAAACAUCUCAUCCGUCGCACUCGAGAAUAUGCUUGUGCAGCACCCGCACAUCCUCGAGGCCGGCGUCGUGGCCGUGCCGGACUCGCACUGGGGCGAGCGGCCGAAGGCGUUUAUUACGGUCAAGGAGGGGACCAGCGUCAAAGGCGAGGACGUCAUCCAGUGGGCCAGGAACCAGAGCAACAUCAGCAAGUUUAUGAUACCACGCGAGGUCGAGGUGGUACAGGAGCUGCCCAAAACCAGCACGGGCAAGAUCAAGAAGAAUGACCUGCGAGAGUGGGCCAAGGGCGGUCGCACAGCGUAACACAGCUUGCAUAAUCUUGGCCGAGAAACCCUCCGUGCCUUGACAGGUCUAUAUAGAUAGUCUAGCCAGUGGUACCAUACCCGGAUUUAGGAUAUCAUAAACGUCGUUAAGAGAAGCGCCUUUGUUUGGG